CAUAUAUCCUGCGAUACAUUCGAACAUGGCCGACAAACCCAUUCGACCUGCUGCGAAGAAGCCUCAGCCAACUGCUUCUAAUCAAGAUAAAAGAAAGCUCGAGUUGAUUCAAUUGGAAACUCGAUAUAAGUCUACUUACCGUCUAGUCAGUGAUGACGACCAGAAAACGUUGAUUAGACUCGCUGUAAAACCCUCAGAUCCCGACUUCCCUUACGAUAUUGAUGCUUUGCAGUUACAAAUUACUGUACCAAAAGAGUAUCCCAAGCAAGCUUGUACGAUUCAAGUACUGAAUUCAGAUAUACCCAAAGGCUUUGCAGUGAAUGUUGAGAGAGGUUAUGCUGAAAAAGUAACCCCUUCUAAUUCAGCAGUCCACCAAACUCUUGUGAGGCAGAUGAAUUGGUUGGAUCGAAACCUAGAGACAUUAUUACAACAAGCACCAGCACCAACUGUACGCUUUGUUUCCCAUAAGCGACAUUCUACACCAAAUGUCGAAGAACAGAUGUCAAAGGUCCCGGUAACCGCAGCAGUAGCAUCAGCGCAGCAACAGCAUCAAGGACACCAGCAAUCUGUCAAACCUUCUGCGGAAGCUACACCUGACCGCAGCAGUAGCAGAGCAUCUACAUCUGUAAUUUCAAGUUCCGCUAUACCAAUAAUGGAGCAAGCCAAUGCCACUGCUACCGAAGCAUCAAAUACCACAACUGAUGCUAGCAAUCAAACUUAUAAAAACAAUAAAGAUACGAUCAAAAAACACAACUUCUCUGCUGAACAACUUGCUGAAGCUGCAGAAAAACGUGCACGGGAAUUGAGGCAGCUUCAACAUCGUUUCUGUAACAGUUAUAGACUCAUCAGAACGAAAUCGGCAGAUACUAUAGUCGCACUCACGAUGACAAUCAACGAUCCGGAGUUUACUCAUGAGCUUUUACUUGGAGGGAAAGAAUUGGCGAUCAAAUAUAUUAUUCCUGAAUUGUACCCUUUGAUUCCAAGCAAGAUUGAAUUAGACAACAAGAAUAUAGAUAAAACCAGAGAAAGCUGGAUUGUUUCUGGCUUCAACGAACAUUUAGAGAUCGAAACGAACAACCUAACUCUUUUUGAGAAUCUGAAUUGGCUGAACCGUCAUUUAGAACAAUUGAUUAGCACACCGCCUGUACGCAAAUCUGAAGAACAGGAAGAGGUUGACAAACUAGCUGCAGCUCAGCAACAAAAUAGGCGUAGUAGUUCCUUAGCGCUGCAACAAAGUGAACAAAGCCAACCUAUAAAUCAGCAGCAACCAUCGGCAACAGCCAACAAAUCAUCAAGGAAAGUAAUGUCGCUUUUUGACGAAGAUGAUCUUUACUCCAAAAAGAACAACGUUAUUAUCGUCAAUGAUCCCAGCUUCGUCGAUAUGGAGCAAUCCACAAGUGAUGAACAGGAAGAGACUACAGCUGACGAUGAAAGUUCGUCUGAGGACGAAGAAUUAGAAAAGGAUAAAGAACCGCAACAAGAUAGCAGCACGAAAACAGUUGUGAGCUUAGCCCAAGCAACAGUUCGUAGAGGCACCGAAAUUCGCCUAGAAGAUCCAAGAAUGGAGAAUAUCUCACUCUUCCGUUGUACUUUGUUACAUAUUAUGGUCAAAUGUGCGCGCUGUAAAGAUACAGUGGAAGUGGAGAAUAUUAAACCAGAGGUAGAUCCCACUCCAUUAGCAUCGGCAGAACCUUCUUCUUCCACAAACGCUACGGCGACCUCGAAAACUGAAAGAUGGACCACUUGUCCAACUUGUUCCUCUGUCUUGGGUAUUAAAUUCCUCGGUGAAUUUAUUCAUCAAGGCGCUAAAACUCUCGGUUUACUCCAGCUCGCUGGAUGUACUGCUUACGACUUGUUGCCUUCAGCCUUUAUUGGCACCUGUGGUUCUUGCAUGGCCGAUAUGCCCUCAACUUUAAAAUUAUCCCCACAUGAUCCUCCUAAAACCAUCCAUUGUUUCUCCUGUCAUGCUAAAAUGACGUGUAACCUCGGCGAGUACAAAUUUGUCAAGAUCGGCAGCGAAGGUGGAGAGAGACUUAGAGCCAACGAAGAACAAAUUUUGAAACUCAAGAGAAAAAAGAAAGAUAAAGAAGCGUCUUUGACCGUGGGGGAACCAUUACCUAAUCAAGGUACUUGUGCUCAUUAUCGGAAAUCGAAACGAUGGUUUCGCUUUUCAUGCUGCAAUAAGUUAUACCCCUGUGACAUUUGCCAUGACAGCCAGACAGAUCAUGUUGCUGAGAUAGCAAAGAGAUUUGUGUGUGGUUUAUGUUCAAGAGAACAAUCAUUUCACACUGGAAAGCCUUGUGCGUGUGGUCAGGAAUUCGAGAAGCAACCCAUGAAAGGAGCCUUUUGGGAAGGUGGCAAAGGUGUCAGAGACAAAGCUAGCAUGAGUCGAAGAGAUCCUCACAAGCAUAAGGGUUUAGCGAAAACUACCUCAAAGAAACAGGAAAGAGUUGGUUUGGCGGGUAAGCAGCGUCAUCAGAAGGAUACGAAAGAUCAACAAUGAUAAUCGAAGAUAUCAACAGAGCGUUAUUGUCAGUAAGAGGCAUCUCAUUGAAGCAGGACAGCAUAAAUUUGUAUCAUGAUGUUGUUAUGCCAGCAAAGAUGACAAAGCCUUGGGGAGCCCCCUUUUUGCUGCCGUUGAAUUUCCUCAGGUGGAGAUUGAGAUACCCUUGGAUUCCCAAAAGGGAAAUAGAGAUACAACUUAUCCUUUGUAAUUGUCUUUCUACAACCCAUCCAGUAUGGUCGCUUUACCUGCUAGCUAGUUUACGUUUCAGUUUUGAUUGAAUAAAUACACUUCUUUUACGUAGUUAAAUGUUGAAUAUUUGG